AUGGAGCGUACCAUUAAGACAUUGGAUGAUAUAUUGAGGGCUUUUGUAUUGCAAUUUCAGUUGGCUUUGGCUGACCGGUUGGGAUUAAAUGAGUUUUCUUAUAACAACAGUUAUCACACCAGCAUCAAGGUUGCACCGUUUGAGGAUCGAAUCCAUGCUGCCCAGAGCCAACAGAAAAAUUAUGCCAAUCAAGGACGUAGAGAUGGAGAGUUUGAGGUUAGUGACCGAGUGUUGCUUCGUGUAUCCCCUAUGAAGGGUGUCAAGAGAUUUGGCAUCCGAGAGAAGUUGAGUCCCCGGCAUAUUGGACCUUAUACAGUGUUGGAGCAUGUUGGGAAGUUGAUACUCCAGCCCGAUGAGGUUGUUUUGGAGGAUGGUUUGAGCUAUGAUGAGAAACUGGUCCAGAUUUUAGAUUCGAGGGUGAAAAUAUUGAGUAACAAAGAGAUAUACCUUGUGAAGGUGUUUUGGAACCAUCAUGAAAUCGAAGAGGCUUAA